AUGCGAAAAUCGGCGCCAGACUCCGAGGGACCUCGUACUGGAGCCUGUGGGUCGUCGCCUACCUUCGAAAUCACAGCAAGUUGGCGUAGGAAUGUCUCGAGGGCCUUAUGGAUGGACGACCUCGAUUUUGAAGCUCUGAGUUCGUCGCACUAUGCUUGCAUCGAAGAUGCAACCAACGAGUUGUUCUCCUCUAAUGACCCUCUCGCGAAUCAGUUGGCCUUUGCGCUGAAAUAUGAAUACAACGAAGCGAACUCCCGUGCAUUAUUCAAGCUCAGCUCAAAGCCAAAAUUUGCGAAAAAGGUCAGCCUUGUGCUUCAGGCUCGUGUAAAGAAACAACUUUAUACGAGACUUCACCUGCUAGCCUACGGUGGGUUACAACAGACUAGGCGGGAAUCUAGAAUUCCUUUGAAGUUGAAUGCUCGUUCAUGGAUUUGCGCGUUUGGUAUUUAUCUCGCCAUUAAGCUGCAGCACAGGAGGCAAGGCGUAAAUACCAAGCUGGAACCAGCUCCUACUAGCGCUAGCAUUUCAAGGCAAUAA